AUGUCCAAACCCCUCACCCACGCCAAAAUCCUCGCCCGCCGCUCCGCCGAGCGCGGGUACGCCGAACACGGCGGGUGGCUGAAAACCUUCCACACCUUCUCCUUCGCGAGCUACUACGACCACAACUUCACGAACUUCGGGUCCCUGCGCGUGCUCAACGAAGACCGCGUCGCGGCGCGCAACGGCUUCCCGACGCACCCGCACCGCGACGCCGAGAUCUUCUCGUAUAUUCUGUCGGGCGAGCUGACGCACCGCGAUAGUAUGGUGCGCAAGGGCGCGGAGGGGGCGCAGGGGAAGGCCUUCUAUCGGAUGAAGAGGGGUGAUGUGCAGUUUACGACGGGGGGGACCGGGAUUGCGCAUAGUGAGCAGAAUGAGAGUAGCAGGCCCGUGCACUUUUUGCAGAUUUGGGCGUUGCCGUGGAGGUACGGCUUGAAACCGAAUUACCAUACGCGGAGCUUUGAUGAGGGGGCGAAGAGGAGGGGGUUCGUGCCGAUUUUGAGUCCGCUUAAGGCGGGUGUUGGGGCGAGUGCUCAAGAAGAGGAGGAGGCUGUUCCGGCGAUUCCGGAGACGAUUCCGAUUCAUGCGGAUUUUGUUAUGGGGGCGGGGAUUAUUGAGCCAACGGGCAGGUUUGAGUGGACUGUUGGGGCGGGGGCCGUGCAGAAGGUUAAGAGGAGGAAUGUUUAUGUCCAUUUGCCUAUGACGGAGGGGGGGAAGGCGAAGAUUCGGUUGGAUGGGAGGGAUGAGGCGGUGCUUGCGGAGGGCGAUGGAGCGUUUAUCACGGGCGUCAAUGCGGGUGAUGUUCUUGGAGUUGAGAGUGUUGGUGAGGCAGAGGCGGAGGUUAUUGUUUUGGAUAGUGAUUAG